GCUGCCGUUCUUUUCCGGCUACACCUGCUCAACCCACCAGGAAGUGCUGGGCGAUAAAUCCUAAAGUAAUAAUCCCUUUUACCUGGAGCGAGAGGAGCGAACAAACAUUAUUAUGCAGUGUAUCCGGGGAAAGCCCUCCGAUUAGAUUCAUGUGAUCGACGCGCGCGAUUAAUGCAGGGUAGAAAACACACCGUCAACUCCCUGCAAGUUGGGGUUAUUGUUUUCCUGCGGUGUAGCGUUUAGUUUUUUUGCGGUCCUAACCUCCCUCCGGCAAUGGGAUGCUGUGGAAGCGCAGAGAGGCCAAAAAGAGAAUGGAAACCUUUGGAGGACCGAAGCUGCACGGAUCUGCCAUGGUUCCUGUUAUUUACAUUGUUCCUUGUGGGAAUGUGUGGCAUCUGUGGGUUUACCAUCGCGACUGGAGGGGCGGCGAGGCUCGUCUUCGGAUAUGACAGCUACGGGAACACGUGUGGCCAACGCAACGAGCCCAUCGAAGGGGUCCGGCUGAGUGGUCUCGACCAUACUGACAGAAAAUUUGUCUUUUUCCUGGAUCCGUGCAACAUAGACAUCAUUCAGAGGAAGAUAAAGUCCAUGGCGCUGUGCGUGUCACAAUGUCCCACAGAGGAACUGGCGACUUACUACGACCUCAAGAGGUUUGCCAUGAUGAAUGGGUCUGAGCUUUGUUCAUAUGAGUUACCUGGUCAUAAGUACCCAAGCCUUCCCGAGCGCUUCGAUAAGUGUCCCAAACUUCCAGUACCAGAGAGCAAAGCUCUUCCAGUGUUUAACCGCUGCACGCCGGUGGAUAUCUCCUGCUAUGCUAAGUUUGCUGAAGCGGUGGUCACGUUUGUCAGUGAUAACAGCAUGUUAAACAGGCUGAUUGCCGGGGUGGCGGCCAGCAAAGAGAUCAUUGUUGGGCUGUGUCUGCUGGCGUUAGUUUUGUCCAUGAUCCUCAUGGUGAUCAUUCGUUACAUCUCUGCUGUCUUGGUUUGGAUCCUCACUGCGCUGGUGGUUCUGGGUUCUCUGGGAGGUACCAGCGUUCUGUGGUGGCUGUACAUAGACUAUAGAAUGACAAUGAAUGAAACCAUGACUAAAGAUCUGCGGGAAACAGAAGAACCCAACAGAGGCAUAAAGACCACCAAAGACCACGCUCAAGGACUGCUCAUCUACGCCGUUUCAGCAACUGUGUUCACUGGAAUUUUGUUGCUUCUGAUGUUGUUUAUGAGGAAGAGGGUGGCUCUGACCAUCGCCCUGUUCCAUGUGGCGGGAAAAGUGUUCAUCCACCUGCCACUGUUGGCAUUGCAGCCCUUCUGCACGUUCCUCGCUCUUUCUCUGUUUUGGGUCUACUGGAUCAUGGUCCUCCUUUUCCUCGGCACUACUGGGAACCCGGAGAAGAAUGAGGAUACCGGCCUGGUUGAGUUCAGGCUCACAGGAGCGCUACAGUACAUGACCUGGUACCACGCAGUGGGACUGAUCUGGAUCAGCGAGUUCAUCCUGGCCUGUCAGCAGAUGACCGUCGCUGGUGCUGUGGUAACCUACUAUUUCACAAGGGACAAAACCAAACUGCCGGUGACGCCCAUCCUGUCAUCAGUGCUGCGGCUGGUGCGGUAUCACCUGGGCACUGUGGCCAAGGGCUCCUUCAUCAUCACCCUCGUCAAGAUCCCACGCCUCAUUCUCAUGUACAUCCACAACCAACUUAAAGGAAAGGAAAACGCUUGCGCACGCUGCAUGCUGAAGGCCUGUAUCUGCUGUCUGUGGUGUCUGGAGAAGUGCCUCAAUUAUCUGAAUCAGAAUGCAUAUGCGGCGACGGCCAUAAACAGCACCAGUUUCUGCACCUCGGCCCGCGAUGCCUUCAUGAUCCUGGUGGAAAAUGCUCUUAGGGUGGCGACCAUCAACACCGUUGGAGAUUUUGUUCUCUUCCUGGGCAAGGUCCUGAUCGUGACGUGCACAGCGUUCGCCGGGGUGUUAGCGCUGAACUAUCAGAGAGAUUACACCGAGUGGGUCCUGCCGCUCAUCAUCGUGUGUCUGUUCGCGUUCCUGGUGGCACACUGCUUCCUGUCCAUCUUCGAGAUCGUGGUGGACGUGCUCUUCCUCUGCUUUGCCAUCGACACCAAAUACAACAACGGCACACCUGGGAGGGAGUUCUACAUGGACAAGGCCCUGAUGGAGUUUGUGGAGAACAGCAGGAGGUCAAUGGCGAUGGAGGAGCGGGGGCGCAGCAAGCGCGCCCGUCCCAAGGAAGAGGUAGAGUUGACGGAGGUUAAGGCCAUGGCUCCCGGGACAAGCUCUGCUUGACCAAAAUCAGCCCAUGGGACUUUUUAAAGACAUUCCAAAAUGUUUAUUUUUACCAAUGUGUAACAUGUUUACUAUGGUUUCACUCCAGGGAAUACAAUAUUUUAAUAAGAAACUGUAAAAAAAUGAAAUAACAAUGUAAUGAAGCACUUUAUAUUGGAGCGCUGCAUAUUUUAAAAAGCCUGAUGCAUUUUUCGUAGUGAUGUCCUUUUUAUAAGACUAAAAAAAAACCCAGUUGCCAUCUAGUGAAACACAGUAUUAAUAAUGUCUAGAAUCACUGUUUUUAUUAUGUCAAUUUUUCAUAACAAACCUUUUUUUAAUUGGUUUUCUUUGCGUUUAUGAGAAACCCACAUACUGCAGUGCAGCACUUGUUCUUUUUAUUUCAUUCAAUUUAAAUAAUGAAGCAUCUAUGCUUUUUAUUUCUUAAUUUUCAAAAAAAGAAGAAAAAAAUGCUCGGUUGUGUUAUUUUACUAAAAUAACGUUACCAUGCCUGAAAAUGAGGGCCUUGUCCUUGCAUUUCACUUGUGUGUAAAAAAAAAAAUGUUGGUUGGUUGGUUUCCCUCCAAUGGUGGUAAUUUUAGUUUGUUUCUGAGUUGCGAUAAAACUGUAAAAGUCCAAAUUUCCUGCUGUGACUGUUAGUGCUGAAAGAAAUUGGGUCUGGUUACCUUAAACUGGGAGGAAGACAUUAAUGGUUUCUUACUACAAUCCACAGUUGCUGUAACUAUAAGUGACAUUAAAACUAAAAGCACAUACAAACAACAAAUAAAACAAACAAUAACUGUUCAGUUACACUACAAGAAGUUUGGAAUCAUUAUAUUUUUACGUUUUUUUGGAAGAAGUCUCUUAUGCUCACCAGGACUGCAUUUAUUUUAUCAAAAAUAUAGUAAAAACAGUAAUGUGAAAUUUAGAGAGGACAUCAGAUGCCCAUUUUCCAAAAGUUGGUAUGAUUCUUUGGGGUCUUCGUGAAAUGUCCAGAACAUACUUUGGUUAAAAUUCUUCAAUGGUCAUGUAAAACGCCCUUUUUUACCUUGUCAAAAACAGCUCUGUUUAAAGCGACUCAUUUUAGUCUCUUUAAAUGAUAAUGAGCUACUCUUCUGUUUUUUUUGGUGUGUGUGUGUGUGUGUAUUCGGUGGCACGUUACCGUCAAAAACAAAACAAAUCCACUGAUGUCGGUUAUGUUCACUUUUACAUCUAACUGCAAAACACCUGCAUUGCUUAUGGUUGUGGGCGGGGCCUGAGCAAUAUGACAUCAUACUGCUCAGAAAAUUAAAACGGCUUGAUAACUGAGACUGUUUAGGUUUUUGGGGAAUACAAAAAGGAGUGAAUGGAUUUUUGUCAUUGUAGGGUGGUUGUGUCCACUCACUGCUAAGACACAUUUAUAGGCAAACACCAAGUAAAAAGUGAAUUUUGCAUCCGAUGUCCCCUUUAAUUGAAUUUUCAGCAUCUUUACUCCAGUCUUCAGUGUCAGAUGAUCCAGAAAUCAUUCUACAAUGCUGAUUUGACGCUCAAGAAACAUUUAUUUUAAUCAGUGUUGAAAACAGCUGUGCUGCUUAAUUUGUCUAUGGAAACCAUGAUACAUUUUUCUUCAAGCUUCUUGAUCGAUGACUAUUAAGUUCAAAAGAGCAGCAUUUAUUAAUUUAUCUUUUUUCUUAACUUUUGUAUGGUAGUGUAUCAUGAUUUCCACAAAAAUAUGAAGCAGCAAGAACUGUUCUCGACAUUAUUAAUAAUAAGAAACCAAAUGAGCACCAAAUCAGUAUAUUAAAAUGAUUUUUGAAGGAUAGUGUGACACUAAAGACUGAAGUAAUGAUGCUGAAAAUUCAGACUUGCGUCACAAGAAUAAAUUACAUUUUAAAAUAUAUUAAAACUGUUUCUAUUUUACAAUAUUGCUGUUUUUACUGUAUCAAAUAAAUGCAGCCUUGGAAAACUGUAAUAAUUCCAAACGUUCGAUGUGUACCUAGAAAUGGUUUGUUAGCUGCAAAGCUAGUUCAAAACAAUUCAUCCUUCAAAGAAUCUCAAGGCUACUCCUGUUCUUAAAUCAGCAGCGGGGCAAUUCUGGUGCUGCGACGUGGCUUGGAAAUUGUUUUGAUUGUUAAAAGUAACAUGACUUUGCCUCACUUGACAGAAGUUGAGUGCAUGAGCAUCCAAAAUGUGCAUCCACAGCAUAAAGCACCCAUCUUUCCUUGGGUGCGGUUCUUCAUUCAACAUGUAGAGGGCGAACAAUGGCGAAAUGUUGCCUUUUUUGUUUGGAAGAUAUGUAUGUUGUCUUUACAGCACGACAUUUACCAUUUCAGUUGUUAUCUUUUGCAACCAAUGGAGAGUUUGGUCUUUCCGCAUCAAACUUAAGUCUUCCGACUCAUGCAAAGUAUUUUGAAGCAAAACGUUUUAUUUUCUGCUAGACAGUGCUGUGGGUGAGUAGAGUCACAUGAAACUUGCAUUUGCCUUAACCAACUGAGUGAAUGUCGCCCCCUGCUGGAUUACAUAGACUAGUUGAGUACAGCACAUGAAACAGCUCAUAAGCCUUAAACAGAUCUAAACAUUCACUAAUUCAACCAACCCAUCGAAUGCCAGAACGUGUUAAACGCGGCUGAGGAGAAUAUAUAUAAUUUAUUCACGCACAGAGGAAUCUGCAGGCUUACGUUUUUGUUUUCUAACAAAUGUCAGAUUUAGCAAAAAUGUUUGUUGUGUGUGCAGUUUUUGUAUGGAUGUUUUAAACGUCAUGUUACAUAUUGAUAAAUAUUGACUGAGGAAUAGUUUUUUCACCAUUUUUAUUCAAGUUUUCGUGUCUUGCAUUGGAGGGAAAUGUGAGUUGUCUUCAAAUGAGGUAAUCUUUUUUAGGAGGGUUCAGAAAUGAACAGUGUAACUUUGAGAUAUUAAAAGCAUGAAUUAAGAAAAAAAAAUCUAAGAGAUUUAACAUUUGCCACACGAAACUUAUGCUGAAAGCAUGUUAAAUAUUGCACUAAGAUGGCAUACAUUAAACACAGAGAUGAAUUAAUGAUAGCUGUAAAACAUUUAUAGUUCAAAUCGUCUUAUAGCGCAUUCAAUAUAGAGAUGUUUCAUAAAUGUUUCAUGAAAAUCUUCUCUGUCAACAAAAUUGUCUUUUAAAUGCUUGACGUUGCAGUUUCUGGUUACGCAACCCAGUUUUAUCAGGUAACAUGAACUUGAUGACUGAACAAGUAGGUUGUGUUUCAAGACAAAUGGUGGAACUUGCCUUUUAGGGUGAAUCUCACAAAAACACAUCACCCCAAAAUAAAAACAAAGAGAAAAAUGCAUAAAGAACAUUAGAACCAAGGUUAUUUGUAAUUGUGACAUUAUUUUUAUGAGGAUUUUAAAAGGAAAUGUGCUCAAUUUUAAUUACUGUAAUGCAUUUUUUUGCCUAUUAUUAGUAAUUCAUUUUUGUGUCAUUUAACAAUAUUUAACAGCAUAAAAGUAAAAUACAAAGUACUGUGUUACACAGUACAAUACAGUAAUUAUUUUUAUUUUUUUACAAUAAUGUCAACAAUGCAAAAAAUCUAAAAAUGUUUUGUUUAUGCAGGAAAAAAAAACAGGUUUUGUGAGAUACAUCUUUUGUUGAACUAAGAUCAGUUUUUUGGACUCAAAGUGAUUGAACUUAGGGAUUUGGACUGAAAAACUGACCUUACAAUGGGCAUUUACUGCCUGAGAACGUUUUUCCUCUUUUUUUUCUUUAACGGACUCCAGUGUCCUAAUCACUGGAAUGGGAUUUUUUUUCGGCCGCAGACAUCGGCUUUGGCUCACAACUCCACUUUAUAUUGCCAAAUGUGCACAAAGGAAAUGUAAGAAGUGCACGAACUCUCUCGUAUGCUAUCUGGUUGAAAACCAGUUGGCUUUUGUUUUUUGUUCACAGCCUUUUUCUUCUUUCUCUAAAUCACUGAAAGCAUCUCAGUAACAGCCGUGACAUCUCUAGUCCUGUCAGUGUGUAUUAGAAAGAGACAGACGAGCUGUGCUUAGAGGCAAGCUAGUAAACCCAUAACCACUGUACACACACACACACACACACACACACACACAAACACACACACGACCUGCAUGCUCCUGACCUGGGACUUUUCUAACUCUUUAAAACAAUGAGCCAUUUUUGUAGGAACGUGAACUGUUUGGCAUUAGAAUACAUGUGACUUAACACUGAUAGAACAAUAGCUUUAUUAUGCGACAAGCCACUGUUUUUAUUUUUGUUUUCGAGAUGAGAUUGUGAGUCUGUUUCUCCUCUUCAUUUUGGGAAACUGUGCUUCUGUUCGUGUCACACGGGGGAAUAGGCCGAUUCUGUUAUCGGAUACAGUCGUGGAUAGGCAAUACAUCAGUUUACUCCUCUGGUGUGAUAUUAGCUAUUAGCUCUUACCUGCAGUAAAGUUGUUUGUAACAUUGAACUAAGUUUUUGUUGAUUUGUUUGAUUUUUAUAUUUAUGAUUUCAUAUGUAUCCUGUUUUUUAAAGUAAUAAAAUGGGGAAAAAAAGGACAA